AUGAAAUCGGUUUCAAUUGGUGGCAACAAAAAAAGUGCUGCAGAUAUGAUACUCAAACAUGUGAACCUAUUGGAGGACAAUGCAUUAAUUGAAGUAGUGGAAGCGGCGCAUUUCAACACAAAACCACCAGCAAAAGCUGCACGUCUGUUAACGGAAACUAAACCAGGCCCUGCCCUAUAUAGGAUGGCCCUGUGGCCUAAUGGACAAGGCGUCGCUCUCCUAAAGCGAAGACUGCAGGUUCGAGUCCUGCUAGGGUCGCACUCGACCACUUUUCGUAGGGGUAUCAUGUAUGUCACCGCGUCAUCUGUUCCACCGCUUUCCUCCCGACCACAAGAGAAGAGGAGAGAGAGAGAAGUGCCGUUUCCGCUCUUUGGUCUCAUCCAAGAGCAUGAAGAAGCUCCCCUUCUUCGGUGGUGCUCAGAGUUCAGCAGGACAGAAGGACAGCGGAGUUCUACCGAACGAGAUGUUGACAAAAGAACAGUUGCAAUUUUUGCAACAUAA